UACAAAGAGUUUGCAAGAUUUCAUAUUCUCGCAAAAUAAGAUUAAUACCUUAAAAACCAUUAUUUAUACAUAUCCGUUUCGAUUUAACCCUAUCAUUUUUAUUUGUUACUUAUUUGCCAUUAAUUGUGUUGACUAGUUAUGAAAAGUCAAUGGUAGCCGGUGUCGUCGGUUUAACAGGUUACCCUAACCUUUUACAUACCCAAAAUCCACUUUUUCCCCAAAACCUCUCCUUCAUUCGGUUUAACAAGCGUUCUUCCUCACACAUCACGUCUUCUUCUUUUCCAUGGCUUCGUCUUCAACAACUUCUAUCAGCAAACCGAUUUAUCGCACUAAGUGUGAUUGUGGUGAUCAACUGCAAUACUCAGUUUCAAGAAUUGAUAAAAACCCAGGAAGAAAGUUCAAGGCAUGCCCUAACUAUAAGGGUACCAAAAAAGGGUGUAAAUAUUUCAAGUGGCUUGACACGGAAGAGAUGGAGUUUUAUGCUAAUGAAAGGGAGCCCUAUAACGAAGUUGUUGCUAGUGGUGUUCUGCAGGUGAUCACUGUAGUUAUGGUAAUGUUUGAUGGAGAAGUGUAUUGA